AUGCCCGGUAGUUCGAGAAUGCCCGUAAGCUUGCGCAAUAGCUUCACCGUCAAAAAAGGCUCUUCAAGUGGUGGCCAAUUACUGGCUCUGAAUAUUGAUCUGACACUCUAUGGAUUAUUCCUAAGAGCACCCGGUGUGCGAUCUCAAGUGCAGAAACAGGUUUCGGAGGCAAUUACGAAGCUACAAGGGAAAUUAGUACCGACAGGUCCGGGUGUGGUACGAUAUUUGACGCUGCCGAAGGAAGGAUGGUCUGAGGAAACGGUUAUGAAGGAGUUGGAGACGUUGGCCAAUAUGGAUCAUACCAGGUGGGAGGACGGAUUCGUCUCGGGUGCCGUGUAUCAUGGAGGGGAUUCGUUGAUGAAGAUACAGACGGAGGCGUUUGGAAAAUUUACCGUUGCGAAUCCUAUUCAUCCGGAUGUGUUUCCGGGAGUGAGGAAGAUGGAGGCGGAGAUUGUGGCAAUGGUUUUGUCGAUAUUUAAUGCGCCGCCAGGAGCUGCGGGUGUUACAACUAGUGGAGGUACAGAGUCUAUCUUGAUGGCUUGCCUAAGUGCAAGGCAGAAGGCUUAUGCCGAGAGAGGUGUCAGGGAGCCGGAAAUGAUUCUGCCAGAAACAGCACACACAGCGUUCCGCAAAGCAGGUCAAUAUUUCGGUAUCAAAAUUCAUCUCGUCGCUUGUCCCGCCCCAUCUUAUCAAGUCCAUCUCCCAAGCGUGGCUCGUCUCAUCAAUAGCAACACCGUUCUUCUCGUUGGCUCUGCGCCGAACUUCCCUCAUGGACUUAUCGAUGACAUAACCGGUCUUUCCAAGCUCGCCGCCAAACGCAAGAUUCCACUUCACGUCGAUUGCUGCCUCGGAUCAUUUCUUGUUCCCUUCCUCGAGAAAGCCGGAUUCGAAACCGAACUCUUUGAUUUCCGUCUCAAGGGUGUAACGAGUAUUAGUUGCGACACUCACAAAUACGGAUUCGCGCCCAAAGGUAACUCAACUGUUCUCUACCGUACCGCAGCCUUGAGAACCUACCAAUACUUCAUUUCUCCUGACUGGUCAGGCGGUGUUUAUGCCUCUCCAUCCAUUGCCGGGUCUCGCCCUGGUGCGCUUAUCGCUGGAUGUUGGGCUUCACUCAUGAGUGUUGGUGAGACCGGCUACAUCAAUGCAUGUACCGAAAUCGUGGGGGCUACCAAAAAAAUCAUCGAUGCCAUACACGAAAAUCCCUCUCUUAAUCACGAUCUUUACGUCCUCGGCAAACCACUUGUUUCCGUAGUAGCUUUCACAUCCAAGACACUUGACAUCUACGACAUCGCAGACGCCAUGUCAGCAAAGGGGUGGCAUCUAAAUUCGUUACAGAGUCCCCCGGCUAUACACGUAGCCGUUACAUUACCGAUCGUCAAGGUGUGGGAGAAAUUGGUGGAAGAUCUGAUAGCGGUUGUGGAAGGGGAGAAGGAGAAGGAGAGAGUGAGGAUUGUGGAAGGAAAGGGUGCUAAGGGGAAGAGCUUGGGGGAUUCAGCCGCCUUGUAUGGAGUGGCUGGUAGUUUACCCAAUAAGAGUGUGGUGGUGGAGUUGGCUAGUGGUUUUUUGGAUACUUUGUAUAAAGCUUAG